AUGUCGGGAGCUAUCUUCGCGCCCCUGGAGGGUCCAGGCGUCCUGGACGCUGCGAGCGGACACCCGCUCGUGUGCCCGCUGUGCCACGCGCAGUACGAGCGCCCGUGCCUGCUGGACUGUUUCCACCACUUCUGCGCCGGCUGCCUGCGCGGCCGCGCCGCCGACGGCCGCCUCGCCUGCCCGCUGUGCCAACACCAGACAGUGGUGAAAGGCCCCAGCGGGCUCCCUCCAGUGGACCGGCUGCUGCAGUUCCUCGUGGACAGCUCCGGGGAUGGCCUGGAGGUGGUGUGCUGUGCCAACUGCGACUUGGAGUGCAGCAAGCAGGAUGCUGAGACCACCUACUUCUGCAACACGUGCGGGCAGCCGCUCUGCGCGCGCUGCCGCGACGAGACGCACCGGGCACGCAUGUUCGCGCGCCACGACAUCGUGGCCCUGGGCCAGCGCAGCCGCGACGUGCUCCAGAAGUGCACGCUGCACGCCGAGCCCUACAUCAUGUUCUCCACCGACAAGAAGUCGCUGCUGUGCAUCCGCUGCUUCCGGGACAUGCAGGGGUGGGACAAACUUGCAGAGAGGAAAGCAUUGCUGCUGCAGGCUGUGCAGAGCCAGUAUGAAGAGAAGGACAAGGCCUUCAAGGAGCAGCUCUCCCACCUGGCCACUCUGCUGCCCACCCUGCAGGUUCACCUGGUCAUCUGCUCCUCUUUCCUCAGCCUGGCCAACAAGGCUGAGUUCCUGGACCUGGGCUAUGAGCUGAUGGAGAGGCUGCAGGGCAUUGCCACGCGGCCGCAUCGCCUCCGGCCUGUGCAGAGCAGCAAGAUCGUCAGUGACCACCGUGCGGAGUUUGCACGCUGCCUGGAGCCACUGCUGAUGCCGCCUGGGCCGCGCAGGGCUGCGGGUGCUGGGGGUGGCACCAACACGUUAGCAGGGGUCUCAGGCCCCAAGGUGCUGGUGGUGCCCAGCUGCCCUUCCCCGGUAGGGAAGAUGGGGUCACCAGUCCAAAAGCCCACGCAGCACCGGUCCAUCAGCACCAAGGUGCUGUUGGCAGAGGGCGAGGACACACCCUUCAUGGAGCACUGCCGCCACUAUGAGGACUCCUACCGGUACCUGCAGGCAGAGAUGCAGAGUCUGAAGGACCAGGUCCAGGAGUUGCACCGGGACCUUACCAAGCACCACUCGCUCAUCAAGGCUGAGAUCAUGGGGGACAUUCUUCACAAGUCCCUGCAGGUGGACACGCAGAUCGCCGCAGAGUAUGCUUCCGUGGAGGGGAUGAGAGCCGUCUUCCAGGAGAUGUGGGAGGAAUCCUACCAGCGGGUGGCCAACGAGCAAGAGAUUUAUGAAGCCCAGCUCUAUGACCUUCUGCAGCUGAAGCAGGAGAAUGCCUAUCUGACCACCGUCACCAAGCAGAUCACACCCUACAUCCGCUCAAUUGCCAAGGUGAAGGAGCGACUGGAGCCCAGGUUCCAGGCGCCCGUGGAUGAAGAGUCAGAGCAGCUACAAAACACGUGUGAUGACAGCACGAGCGAUGAGACCCAGGCCAGGAGUGAUCCAGUAAGUGUCACGGACAAAAGGGAGAAGACCUCAGAGCCAAGAGGAAACAGCCGGGCCCUCAACAGCCUCACAGAAGAGCCUCCACUGAAAAACAAAGAUCCUCAUAGAUCCAAACAGAAAAAUGGGGGUGAUGUCCCCCCAUGGAGGGAGCGCCUCACUUAGCAGAGGGGCUGGUCCCAGGGGCUUGGGCCUGUUACAAUAUGCACAGCAAGCCUGGGACACUAAGAAAAUGUUCCCAUCGUGAAUUUUUUAAGGGGAAAGGGGGAUCACGUAUCAGCAGUAAAACCCUGAAACUCUCUAACAG